AUGUUUAAAACUCUUUUUAAUAUCAAUGUGGACGAAGAGAUGGAAAAUAGAAGCGAAGAAUUAUUACAAGCGGAUGAAGAGGCCCAACGAAAACGUAAUGCUGCAGCGGAAAGAGCUUUCAAUACACUCAAGAGGGUGAGCGAAUUGAGGAUGAAUUAAAACAACACGACCAAUUCAAAGCGGUCAUGAAGUCCAUGUUGGGUGACAGAGGCGUCUACGGAGAAAACAAAGGAUAAAAAAGAGGCGGCAAAGAAAACAAAAUCAAAACCAUCCAAGGCAUCAAAGAGUGAAGAACUGAAGAAGAGAAUCAGGACACGUUAUUGGCGGACGCUCUGGCAAAAUUAGAGAAGAAGAAGAAUAGAAAACGAAAGAAGCAAAAUAAUUAGACCUCAACUUUAUUUUUUUUUAUCAUGCCUGAAAAACGUGUGCAUGCUGCUGCCGUGGAGGAAGACUUAGAAGUAGUGGAAGAAAACUUUUCAAAUCUGGCGAAGAAACCAAAACUCUAGAUGAGACUUGGGAGAUUAUUUUCCCGUUCGCAUCAAUCCAGAACCUUUAGCUGCUGGCGAAAAUGCUAAGAUAUUGCGAUUUGAAGUCAAAUCGAGAGGUGACACGUUUCUAAUACCGGCCAAACACAUCCGUCUACACGCUGCUUUCAUACUAGACAGAGAUGGGGCAGGUGCUAGAUUUGACGAUCCUCACGCUAACGGUCGUGCCAACGGUGCAGAUCAUUACGGCCGAUUUGUGAAUGGAUUGAAGUACAAGGCAAUCAAGAAAAUCCGAGUGAAACCGGGAGGUCUUCAAGACAUAGAACAAGUCGGUGACCAUUUGAAUUGUAAAGAGUGGCUGAAUUUCCUGGCUUUCUACAACAAGUACGAGAAGAAAAAUAAGGCAAAACGGAGAAAUGAUUUCUUCGAACCAGAUUUGGUGGGUUCUCACUGGGAAAAUGCAGUGGGAGUCACUCUGACAGAUGCACAGAUCAGGGCAGUCACUAAUGACAAGAAAGGAUUGGAUGCCAUGAGAAGGUUGGAAAAGAGAUGUUUUGAUGAAGAUCCCAUACACAUGGAUUUUCUCCUCUUCCUGGAGAAUUUUGUCAGAUAAACAGUGCAACAACAAGUUUUUUAAUGGCACAAUAGAAAUAGAAUUUGCUUCAAAUCAGCAAAUGAUUAUUGCCAGACAAGGUGACGAUACUGGGUUGGGAACGGUAGAGCAAGGCCAUUAUCGGUUGGAUCGUGCCAACUGUUAUCUGGAAAUAUUGUACAUGCAAAAAAGCAGAUCCAAACGAAAAUGCAGACAUUCAAGAUGCCAUGAUAAAUCACGGCGCUCAGACGUUCACUGGCACGGACAAGUUUCACCUGAUGGUGAGUCCCCCUUUUCGUCCAGUUGUGGGCGAUAAUCUCAUUCAACGCUGGCACACGCUGGACUACAGAAUUCCGAAC